AUGGCAGAAAAGUAUGGCAUUCAGAGUGUGUGUGCGAAAUUUUGUGAAACUGUUAAAUCUUUUUACGACAAAAAAAAUGUCGCGAAAGGUGAUAAGUUUUUUAUGCAGUUGAUGCAUGAAAUGGCUGAUGAUAACGUUAAUGAUGAUGAUGAUGAUGAUGAGGAGGAGGAGGAGUAUAAGUUGUUUAAAGAUGAAGUUACAACGAAUUCUUUAUAUCCUGUCAAACCGUUUUAUCGUUGGUUAGCAACAAAGCUAUUUCACUGGAUAUACAAUGACAUACAUCCUUCUUGUUCUCAUAGCCGGUUAGAAAAUUUAAAUGAAAUUGAAAGUGAUUUUAACACCAGUAUCAAAUAUCGUGUAGAGAAACUUCAAGAAUUUAUUAAAGUAUGUGAAGCCACGUUUACGGCGGACAAUGUGUGCGAUGGGGUUGAGAAAUGCUUCUGCGAUAAUACCAUGGAUUCAUACACUAGGAUAACAUGUCUUAAGAAUUUAAAUACCACGCGGCUAGCCGUACACAUGGAUUUGACUAAUGAUCUACUUGCUCACUUAACCAAAGGUGAUAUUUUAAAGCUGCUAGGAUUUCGUAAAACAGUGGGUAGUCUUGAACAAUUACCUCCAGACCUAGUAAAUCUCUGGACCUCGUAUCAAGCGUUACAUAAUAUUAACGCUAGAAUAACCGUGGGCGCACGUGCAUUAGCAAAACAUUGCCAUCGGAGUAAAGAUAAGUGGUGGGGUGAAAGCACGGGAAAUGAACAUGCUAAAAAUAGACAUGCAUUGAUAAUUUUACAGCGCAUAUUUAGAAAUAUAGUUUGGUUAAACAUUCAUGUAUUACCUCAUGAGAUGCAUGUGUUAGAAAUACGGUGUAAAGAAGGUUACGGUUUGAGGUGGAGUCACGAUGGAAAGUUUUUUCGAGGAUUUUUAGAGCCUCAAAUGCUGGAUGGUCAUAAAAAUGGAUGGGUUCAUUGAUACACUUUUUUUAAAUUCAAUAAUACAAUGUUGUUUUUCUUUCUCAUAGAUUUAAAUCCUGUAAAUUCUCGAUUUAACGCCCACUUACAAAUUAACUUAUUACACGAAAACAACUAGUCAACUAAUUAACGCAAUCAAAUACAUAGGUUUCUUAAAUGAUAGUUCGCUUUAAAAAACAUCUGUAUAUUUUAAUGCAUUUAUUUUUCAUAUGUUUCUUUUGCAAAAUGCUUUUUAAAAAUAUAAUUAUAUGAUUUCGAGAUCUUCUUUUUAAUCUAGAAAGCGGUAAACAAAACAUAAAACGGAGAGAUGGUGUGUUCUUUUUUUAUUUCUAACUAAUCAACGAAAGUCCUUGCAAGCGAUAUUUGAAAUAUAUCAAGAUUCGCGUUAAAUAAUGCAGUUUAAAUAUUUGUUUUUUAAAUUCGCGUUUAUUACCACCCACAAAUAUCGAAAUUUAUAAAUUCUCGUAAGUUUUUUGGCAUCACAAUCCUGCUUUAUUAAGUUGACUACUUAUUUUCGUGUAAUAAGGUAGUCCUCUUAUCAGCGCAACAUUUAAAUAAACACAUCCUCUUCGGAUAAUCGCCUCCGGUUGUCACUUAAAUUAUUAUUUUAGUUAAAAGAGGCGCUUUUUUGAUUUAACGAAGGCCAGUAUGUUCCCCUUUUGAACUGUUGGCUAUUCCAUCCUAUCUAAAAAAGAAAGGAGGAUGUUAGACGCCGAACCGAGCAUUUACAGUAUAUAAAUAAAUAUUACAAUAUUCAAAUUAAAAGUUUUAAGAUUGAUGUGUAGAUACGAUAAACAAAAUCCGAAAACUGCGAACAUGGAUGUAAAAAAAUUUU